AUGUCCAGGCGUUCUUUCUAUGUUCAUGGUGACGUGCCUCGUGACUAUGGGUUUCUACAAAAUCUAGAGUCGCUUUUAAAUAAAAAUUUACACACUUCAUUGCCGGUUCGCUCUUUUCAAAACGAUGUGGCAAGUAGUGUCUCGAUCUCUACAGCCUUUCAGUCUCACGAUUCAGAGCACGGUGCGAAUCCAAUAUCGAAAUUCCAACCUUCCACAUCUCCUCCCAAUCUUAAACCUUGUACGGGUCUGCUUCAAGGUGAUUCUGAAGGUCGACUCGAUACCAGAGUCUAUCAAGGGGGGCAGUUAGCGAACAACAUGACUGCGGAACUCAAUUCAUACCGAAAAGCCUCCACGGAGGGUCACUAUAAAAUUCAAAACUUCUCACCAAGGUCAUCUUCUUAUGGACCUGCCAAUGAUUUCAGGCAAGACGGCUUUGAAACUUAUCUGGCACAGCCUCCUCAAACACUUGCAUCAUAUCAUUCAAUCAAGAACUCGGCACCUUUGGGCAUAGCACCAACCUCUUCGGAUACAAACAUACCGAAUGAUUUGACUGCGCGCCCCACUGAUCUGUGGAAAAAUUCUCCCGAACUCCGGGGCCCGCAUUGGAGUGGUGCUAUUCUGUCCAACAAUUUUUCACAUCCAUCGAAUAUGUCCAUUUCAUGCCGAGAAUCUCAAAGCUAUAUUAACGCAAAUACUUCGAAUGAGCAUACGUCCGCCUCGAGCUUUUAUCCCUCUCAUGCCUCCCAAUCACCUCAUACCAAAAUACCUUAUACUCAAAUCGCGUGUCAUCAACAUGGUUCCAAUCACAUGGAUUCUCAUUCACCAACAUUUUCUUUUCCCUCAAAUGAUGUCCAGAUUCAAGAAGGAGUUCAUAGUAUGGGACGAAGCAAAAGCUCAGACAUUGAUUAUAUACGUACUGUAACAAUUGAUCAACUCUGCCCGAGAAGCUUUCCAAGCGUAUGUCUGCAUCCUCAGUGCCAAUGCAAGCCAACAAAUAAGCGCAAGUUGUACAAUAGAUACAAAGACUGGCAAGGUCAUUUUAAACGUGCUCACCACAAGCGGUAUCUCUGCGGCUUACCGAAUUGUCCAAAUAGCGAAAAGAGGUACGGCACAAAGGCAGAAGUCAAGCGUUAUCGAAUCUCUGUUCACCGUUUUGGUAAGGCAGAUGCUAAACACUGGAAUUGCCAGGUCCUGAAUUGUCAACGAAGUACUAAGGUUUUUACGAGAGGUGACAAAUACAAAGAUCACCGUGAUAGAUGGCAUGGACCAUUCCCCUACCUGUAUCCAGGGUGUGUGAGAGGGCCUGAUAAUGGGUUCAAGGAUCAAGAAGCACUUGAUAAGCAUCGUCGAAAAGAGCAUAGAUGA